ACACAACGUUUGUAAAAGCUACUAAAUUUUUUUCAACCAAGGCAAGAAUUCUUGUAUAGGUAAUCUUAUUUGUUGGGCUUUGCUUUGCACUCUCUUUAAAACUAUGCUUUAAAACGAUAUUGCUUGAAUGACCAGCAAAACCAUCUAAAAAACCGUCAAACUCCCUGUCAAUUAUUUGAAAUUUUCAGUAUUUACAAAUUCAUUUUCAAAUUUAUUUAAAAAAAUUCCUAGUACCUAUCUGAAAGAUUUCUUUACAAUGGCAAUACGUGCAGUUGAUAUCAGUGCUUCGCACUAUCCACCCACUGUAGAAAUGGGAUUUACGGGAGCACCACCGCCCCUAAAUUCAGAUUCUUACGACCAAGGACGUAGGAGUUAUUUUCAAACCUACAAACAUGAAAAUAUAUCAAGAUUACAAAUGCCAAAUCUAGAAUGGGGUAAAUCCACAAGCAUUUACACACCCCAUCCAGACGUUUCUGCUUACAAAAAUGGAAGUAAGCAUCUCAAAUUUCCGCAUUCGCAAAUAACGAUGUUGGACGGCGCCAGGCAGCAAGACGUCGAUGACUUUUAUAUGGCUUGCCAGUUACAUCGGAAUCAAUACAAAGAUCAUAGUCGUACUCUGCACCCGCUUGAUUAUUUCAAACAGAAAAACUACAUGUAUCAAUGUCCUGGUGAUCCUACUAGUGCUUAUUUCAAAGCCCCAACAUAUUACACGAAAUACAAAGAUCCUCUAGUUCUUCCUCUAACACUGGAAAGAGCCAAUAGACUUCCACCUUUGCCUCAAAGAGCCCUAACUGGAGUUUAUAAUCGUACCAGCUUUGUAGGAAGGAGAUAAUAAUUACUGGAUAAACAUGACCUUAAUAAUUUAAAAUUACCAUACAAUGGUAGAUUUUUUUUCUCUUGCAACAUAUAUUAUGCGUGUUUAUGAUGUGUAAUUAAAUAAGGAAAAAAGUAUCAAUUUGAAUAGUGCAAUAAACGUUUCGUAUAUUUACAUUUUUAAGUAGGACUAGACAAUAAUUAAUUUCUUAGUUUUUAAGUAAAGUUAAUAUUUAUGAAGGCAUGGAAAUUAAUACACACUAAAAGCAUCAAAAGAAAUGUAAACAGACUUUAUUUUUAUUAAUUAUAAAGAUAAAGAUGAUCGUUGAAUUGAAACUGAAACUAUAUUUCAAUUUUUCAACGUAAGUUUUUUUUUCCUGGCUCUGA